UUUAUUGGCGGAAAUGAAGUUCGAAGGGUAGGAAACUCUGUUUAUUGGAAAUCAAUUAUUUUUUUGCUUUUGCGAAGUAUUUAAUUUAAAAAACAUACAACAGAGUUUUGGAAACCCUAUUUUUUGGCUAAAAUUAAGUUCGAAGGGAAGGAAACUCUGUGAAUGGCGGAAAUGAAUUUCAAAGUGUAGUCAAAUUAAAAGCUGAUUACCAGCGAUAGCAAAAUUACAAAUUUAAAAUUGUCUCCAUAUACAUAUGUAAGUUAACGUAACGUGUAGCAGCGUGCUAUAGAAGGUGCUGUUCCUCUUCCACCGACGCAAUCGGUGCAUCCAUACCUGCAUACAUACAUACAUACCAUAUGGUACAUACAUUAGAAGAUGAGCGCAAGCAAGAGUGAGGUCUUAGCAACAGCUUUCCAUGCUCUCCGAUGUUUUCUAUUGCCAAUUGCCGUUCUUCUAAAAAUGCGCGGGAAAACGCAUCUUUCGCAUCCAAAGGAGUGGAAUGCUCUCCAACAACAAUCGAUGCACCUAAUUCAUUUUACGUCAGCUUGAGAUCAGAGUGAAGUGGCAGUAAGAAUCAAUAAAAAGGUGGACGUGGAAUCGAUUAAUGAGGAAUAAAAAAUACUUAAACUAAAAAAGACUAAAACACUUAAUUUGUAUAUUAACAUAUAUUCUACCACCUAAGUUGCGGAGAACAUUAGGCGUAGAGAAGACUCAUUGUGUGCUAAUUGGUAAAUAUUAAAUGCCGUCUAGGUGAAAUCAUCGGCGAUCAAUUCCAGCAACUUCGAACCGGCUGCCCUAUUAUCUCUACAAGUCGUUCAUAACAGGACGUCAUACUAUUUAAAAGGCUCAUUUAUCAUAUAUCUUCUACACCCCAAGUGCGUUGAAAUAAAAACAAAACAAAAAAACGAAAAAUAAGUUAAUGCCAAAUUCUUUACAAAUAUUUAUCUUUGCUUAUAUUUAUAAUUAAACUAAAAACGCUGGAAUUUACAUAAUCAAAUCUUCGUUUUAUAUAAACAACAAAAAAAUGGCCGAAGUCGAUGAACUAAAUAAGGAUUUCGAAUGUGCAAUGAAACAGUUCGAAAUAGCUCAUCAGCAUUUGAAUUACCGCGAGAAAUCCAUUGCUACCGAAUGGAUAAAAAAAUUGAAGAAAGCCAACAACUCGAUAGAAGAUUUAAAACUACGUUUAGAUUUCAUCGAUUAUUUCAUCAAUUGUUCCAAAUGCAGCAUUUUCAGUACAGAACCAUUCAAUAAAGUGCCGCAUCCAAAUGCUCCUUUGCAGAAGUUACGCAAUAUGCUGCCAACCAGUCAUAAAAUUCGUAGUGUUGACGCAACUUCCGAUGAACAGCGUAAACUUUAUGUUGAGGAAAUGUUCGAUAAUAUGGCGGAUAGAGGUGCCUUUCUCUCCGAUCAGCCAGUGCCAUUGGACGGUACAUUCUUCUUGGUGAUUAUAAAUCAAAAAUAAAUAUUCCAAAUCAUAUAUGUUUUAUGUUUUAUUUAUUUACAAAUUUAUUUCCGAUUAAAAUAUAUUGCAUAUGUAUGUAAAAUUUAUAGUUGUAACAUAUAAUAUAUACAUCUUAUGAUUAUAAAAUCUCUGUUGAACAUUUGAAAGAAAUACAACUGACUAUAGAUUGCAUUGUUGAAAUAAUUAUAAUUCCGUUUACUCUAUUCUUAAUUUAAUUUAAUAUUAUUUAAUUUAAUAAUCUUAAUUUUAUCUAAUAAAAUGCUUACAACCAUCAAAGUCUCUAAGACGUAGAUAUUUAUACACGUUUUCACUUAUGCCUAAUAAAGUCUAUAUUUACAAUUUAAUAAAGUUAAAAUUUUUCAAUACAAUAAAUAUAUAUAUACACAAUUAUUUUGGAUGCAAUUAAUAGUAAAUGCCUUUUCAAGUUUUUUAAGCGCAAAGCAAAUAAAAUUUGAAUAAAAUCUUAUAAAUCAGCUAUCCAAACAAAAACGAGUGGAUCUUUAAUUGAGCAUUAAAAUUAUACUUACUCGUAAGUGUCUUGAGCUGAACACGAUUUAAUUAAUUUUUAGUAUUAAAUAAUUAAAUAAAUCAAUGAUAUCUCAAUCAAGCAUUGUACCUGAUGAAAUGUUUAGAAACUAAAAUAUUUCAAAAAUUUAUUUAAAAAAUAUACGAAAUAAUAUAAAACCAAAUAUAAAAGAAACUAGAAAAAUAAAUAAAAAAUAAUAUUAA